UGGAGAUGGAAAGAAACGGGAUCAGUCAGAGCGCGGACGAAGGAUUAACAACUGAGUGAAAAUGGGGAAAGAUAAAGGCAAACAGACUGACACAGUGUGAACGAGAAAGUGAGGGGAAACGGAUGCCAAAACGAGUGAAGGAGUUGAAUAGAAAAGCAAGCGAUUUAAAAAAGUAUACCACAGAAGAAGCCACAAAGAUAGAGGGCUGAAUAGCUGUUUGUGGAGUUGGGUGGAUCUUUUACGAGAAAGUGUCGACAUCAGCCACCGCAGCUACCAUGUACAGUGGAUAUGGAGGGACUCCGUCCCGAACUCUGUCGACAAUGUCUCUGUCCAUUCGCCCAGUCAGACGCCUCACUUCCAGAUCCAUCACUAGGAGCCAGAGCUUUACUGGAGUCAAUACCCACGACAAACCUUACCGAAACCUUGUGGUGUUCAGCACUCCUGGUCUCAGCAGGAAGCCCAGCAGAGCAAGCAGAUUGUUUACUAUGUCGAUCAAGGCCAACCCCCCACCGAAGGUUCCUCAACCAGAGCGACUGGAUGAAGUGUAUGAAGCACUGAAGAAAGGCCUUCAGUCUUACCUGCAGGUUCAUCAGAUGGACUUGGAGACACUUACCAGACAGAUAAAAGAAUCAAAGAGGAACUCUAGACUGGGUUUCCUGUAUGAGCUGGACAAGCAAGUAAAGGUGACUGAGAGGUACAUUAGAAAACUGGAGUUUCACCUCAGCAAGAUUGAGGAGUUUUAUGAGUCCUACUGCAUGCAGAGGAGACUCAGGGAUGGAGCCAACAAGAUGGUGAAAGCGUACACCGCUUCUUCAGGAAGUAAGGAGGCCAAGGAGAGUUUAGCAGAAGCCAGUAAAGGAUACAAGGAGUACACAGAGAACAUGUGUGUGUUGGAGAAUGACUUUGAGAACCAGCUGGGGAAGUUCCACAUAAAGAUGAAGGGUCUGGCAGGAUUUGCUAGAUUGUGUGCUGGUGACCAAUAUGAGAUCUUUAUGAAGUAUGGUCGGCAGCGGUGGAAGCUCCGGGGGAGAAUAGAGAUAAAUGCUAAACAAGUGUGGGACAGUGAAGAGAUUGUAUUUCAGCCACUCAUCAAUGAGUUCCUGUCUGUGAAGGUGACAGAGCUAAAGAGCUUAGCCAAUCACGUGGUGGUAGGAAGUGUUUCCUGUGAAACAAAGGACCUGUUUGCUGCGCUGCCCCAGAUGGUUGCUGUGGAUAUUAAUGACCUUGGGACUAUUAAGCUAAGCCUUGAGGUGACCUGGAAUCCGUUUGAUAAAGAUGACCAGGGAUCGGUUGCAAGCACUGUCAACAAACCACCAAGCAUCAAUAAGCGAAUCUCAGCCAUUUUUGACCAGACUCCACCUGACACACCACCUUUACGUUCUCUGCCUCGGAAUCUGACAAGGCGGCAGCACUGGCCACUGCUGGACAUCUUCAGAGGCACUCUUAGCCAGAGCUGCUCCUGUAGUGACAACUCACCAACAAGGCAGUCCACUGCAAACAUGAUCCGCCUACAGGGAGAGUUGGAGAAUGGACCAGCGUGGUCUAAUUCUUCAGAAUCUUCUGAUGACUCAACCAGCCCACAGCUGCCUGCACAUCCAAAGGCAGUGGUGGUGACACCAGACAUCCAGCCAGUUGGACAAAGGAGUUCCCUCCUUCAGCCUAAUGUUUCUUCUUGCUCCAGAAACUGGCCUUCCUCAGCUCAAAAUGCCAGUCAGGAAGGUAUCGACCUACCGAAACAACCAGCGGAGAGCAACAGGCAUGAGGAAAAGGGGACAGUCACUGUAAUAACAAAGCCUGACGGUGAGGAAGAAGCUGCGGGGAAACACCCCUCUAUGGCACCAGUGGAUGUGCCAGUAAUUACCAGCAGUAACUCUACACUGUACUUACGCUCUCUGAGUCACAUUAGUGAAAACAGUGCUGAUGGUGUUGUGGUGCCUGUCAGUGAAUCGGGGGACGUGAUGUCUCUGGUCUCUGGAAUCUCAAUCAAUGACAUUGAAAUGGAGGUGGCCAGCAGAACUCCUGAGUCACCCACUUCUGCUGACACUGACACAGCUGUUGAUGUCACUGAUCCCCACCCAGUCAGGAAGCAACACAAUACAUCCACCUCUGUGGAUACAUCGGCCCCUCUCAGAGCAGGAGCAGACUCUAAUGCUGUAGAAAGUGGGGAUAUGACAUAUCUAGCUCUGCGGGUGCCAGUGGAAGAGGAUAUCCCAGCGGCAAGUUCCAACUGCCUGUCUGCUAAGGGCGAUGGUCCAGUGGACAGUGGACUAGAGGAUGCCUUGGUAGCUGUACUUUCCUCUAUAGAUGAUUAUAGAGGACCGUUUUCUGAGCUACAACUACUGGAACAAGAGCUGAAACUGCUGCAGGUUACAUUGAAGGGUGGGAGGCACAGCCGGUCACCCAGCGUAGUCAGCCUCACAGUGGAAACAGCUCUUGGCAGCUUUGACUUCCUGAAUGGAUCAGACUGGGAGGAGGAAGAGGAGGAUGGUGAUAAGAGGAGUAGAAAUAGCAGGUCUCUGCUGGACAGAGGCUGGGACAGCCCUUCCUCCUCCACCGUACCCCUAACCACAGGCUGCACCACUCUAGACUGCUGCCUGGUGGUCCAUUUGAAGAACUGCAAUGCACAGUUGUUGCGUCUGGGCAAGUUUGGUCCUCUGAGGUGUGGAGAGAUGUAUGCCUUGGACAGACUGCUGAGAGAGGCUCGUGUCCUCGAAAUCAUCCGACGUGUCACCAAAGAAAACCCACAGAAAAUCAGACCAGCUACUGAAGUUAUCCCUGAGCUAGGUCUGUGUCUGGGUGCUGUGUCACUAUGGCAAGAAUGUGUGGGACAGGGUAGCGUGUACAGCGUCUCUGCUGAAAGGUUCCUGAAUACACUGUCGACAAUCUAUGCUGGUUUACUGCCUGAAAGGGCCGAAGAAGUGUUCUUGUGCCUGGUUGAGCGUGUGCUGGAUCAGAGGUUACCACGACGAGGAAGCAGCAGGGACAACAUGAUGGUGACGUUGUUCCAGCUGUGGAGCUACUUGGACUCGAAUGCUGUCAGUGAUAUGGACACAUACAUCAUUGAACUGGCAAAAGAGGUAUGGUUGGUACAGAACCUGGCGUCAUCUGACCAGGAUGUGAUUGUCAAUGCUCUACGCCGCCCUGCAGAGUGCAGCCUGAGGAGAGAAGGAAUUCAUGCCGUGGCCAAAUUACUAAAAGAUCCUCGGGGCAAAGUGUCUGCCUCUGCCAGCUCUGUACUGAGAAGCCUCACUGCUCAGCCCAGACAGAGAAAACAGGCUUUGGUCAGCUGUCUGGAGCUGCUGGAAGAUGAGAAUGUGGACAAUCGAGUGUGUGGAUGCAAAGCUUUAGCUUGUCUCAAGGCCAAAGAAAGCAUUGAUCAGUUGGUGUAUCUCUGCCGGGCAGACAAGGAAGAAGUACGAGAUGCUGCCAAACAAACACUGCUAGUGCUCGGUGAGGAAGGGAAGAUGGCCCAUAGACACGUGGAGACCUCUCAGGACAGCAUCUCAAGACUUUUUGCACCAGGAAGCAUGGCCAGCACAGCUUUUUAACACAACACACACACACAGACGGCUACAGCGGCUGAAAACAAAAAUGCAUUGACAACACUGGAGAGUAUAGUGUCAUUUUUGCAAUGCUUUGACAUGGUGUCACAGGAAUAUAGGGUAUACUGUCCUCUUUGGCUACGACUGUAGCUAAAAACAUAAAGAAAAAGAUUGUGUUAAAUGCAGUAUAUAUCCUGUCAGAAUAAAACUCAAAGGGACAGAAACUCCAACACUGGCUGCAAACCAAGAAAUGCAUCAGACGUGUUAAUAAUGUAAAAUAUUCAUCUAUAUAUCAUAACUUGGAAAAACCUUUUCAGAGUCACGUUGUUUAUAAUUAUUUUCCUGGGUCCACAAAUGCACAAAAUGUUAAAUCUUUAUACUGUUUACUUACUGCUACUACUAUUUGUUUUUACCAAUGAUAUUACAGUCACUACACUAAGAGUCAUAUCCCAGUGGGAGUUAGACUUCUCCUGCUAUUACAUGAAAAUGUGUUUUCUUAACGGGUGCUGCUGUCUCUAGCCUAGCUUAAAAGGCUGCUUGGACGAUCUCCGCACAUGUCACUGUCAAAGUAACUAUUUACUGUACUUCUGCUUGCUUACUACUGAAUAGAUCUGAAGCCAAGUCCAAAUGAAUUUUUUUUUUUUUUAAAAAUAGGACCACAUUAUAGACUGCAUAUGAAAGAUGGACAUGGUUGUGUCAGACUCCACAUUAUGAAGUGUAAACUUUGGCAUUCUUGCAACUGCCAUGUUAGCUUUUUGGAGCAGGAAGUUGCUAACUUUAUACUACUAAACUCUAAGCUAACAACUAAGCUUGUUUAGCUAGCUGGAUUUCUAAACUGCAAUGCACAGACAAGUCUGGUAAGUAGUGAUAAGUAACAGAAUAAGAACAUACUAGAAUUACAUUUACCAACACUGCCACACAGAUUUCUCAGAUGGUCUGUAGCACAUAGCGUACUUUAUUAGCUCAAAUAUGGCAGGUCCAGUUUAGUAACUCCACUUGGUGGACGUGGAACUUUAGCAGACAUCUAUUAGGUAUAGCUCCCUGUGCCAAGACAAAGUGUCAAAGUGUAAUGAACAUGUCAUGGAGGAUGAAUGACAACCAGCCCCUUCCCCACUUAUAGUUAUUGAAAAGCUGUUUAUUUCUGCUCUGAACUUGGACAUUUUAACAGGGGAAUCUGUGGGUGGACUCACCGUUAAAGCAAGCAUCGAGUGAAGAUUAGACAAACUACAGCUUGUGGAACGUCUGCGGUGAUGGUUACCAUUUAGCCCACGUUCUUUAAAAAAAAGCACAUACACAGUGCCCAUUAGACACUUUAUUAUGGUGUUGCUUGUAAAUCUGCCUUAAUGUUGCAUUAUUUGCUUACCAGAAUUUGACAUUUUUACAGAUGAAAUGCUAUAAGAAGCAUAUUUUUUGCAAAGUGUUCUUAGCUAACUGUGAAGCUAUUAAAGUAUAUCUACACAUAAAAGCAUGAAUUAACAUUUCUAAACUGAGGAUACUGCUUUUUAUGACACGAUAUUGAAAAUGAGCUGUCAGUGUCGACGAAGUAAACACAAGGAACACAGACUGACUGAAGAGGUGUAGGAUGACUUUACACCUAAACUUUUUACAUGGUGUAUUCUACAUGGCAACACAUUCUAAUCAGAUCUCACCAAAAACAAAGACCAAAGAAUGUAACGCAUGAAAAGCUAAUGAACAGAACAUACUACAGUUUAAAAAGUAGUGUGUCUGUGGAGUUGGUAGAUUAACUAUAGACAUCAGCCUUCUCUGAGGCAGAGUUCAUUGUAUGAGCCAAAACACCAAAGUCCAAGAGCAAGCCUUUUUGCAAAUACUUCAGCCGUGAUUUUGCAGCACAGUGUGUUGCAGUUAUAAAGGGGAAGUCGACAUUCCUUCACUGAAGUGGAAAUUCAUACUAACUUAAAUAUGGAAAAAACUUUGGUUUGUUCUUAAAAUACACAUAUGCAUUUUUUUGUAUUUUAUCACAGAAAUGACUAGAAGAUUAUGAAUGUAAGGUUAUUAAGGGAUAGAAAAAUGGUGUACAAAAAUGCUUCAGAGACCAUUUAAUUGAUUAGCAAAGACAGAGUUAUGGAAUAUAUCUUGAGAUUUUUAUUUUUGAGUACAAAUGAGUACUUACUGUCACCGUAAGCGAUGCUGCAUCACUGUGCAUUAAAAUAAGAUUUUUAGAGGUUAACGCUUAAGGGCCCUCGUGUGUCUCAGGACAUGUUGGAUGAGAGCAGCACUUUAGAAAGCAAAGUAUGUGAUAGUAUUAUUGGGUUUUUUGUUAUUAUUGUUAAUGUCAUGGGAACUAGUUGGUUGGCUCUUUCAACAGAGCUGAAAUAAAUAAGCUGCUCAGAAUUACUUAAUAAGGCUGAUGUAGAGAGGGGCAAUCUUGGGUAGUGCAGAGAAAGCAGUGAAGUCAGAAACGGACUAUUACAAAAAUGAAGUGACAUCUAAACGUCCACUGUGCCUGUGGAAAGCGUGGAUCCUGCUAUUUAUUUUUGACGUGUACACCUCACCUAAACAUUACUGCAAACCAAAUACACCAACUUGUAGCAGUGACAUUCCUUAACAUCGGCAGACUUACUUAGCAAGAAACUGAGCCCUACCACCCAAACAACUGCUCAGGAAUAGAAAACAAAGAUCCCACCUUUGAACCCGAUCCGUACACUCCCCUAGAUCGCAAUCAGAUCUGCGGGGUGUCAUGGGAUCCCUACAGAGACUCUGUCCACACCUAAAUUAGUUGGAGCAGCUGUUUUGGCAGCUUGAGAAAAUGCUACACAAUAUUAGGCAGACCACCGUAAUUGUGGCUGAUGGAU